AUGGACAUCAUAAAAGACAUGGGACUUGACAAGGUAAAAAUAGCUCCAACUCCACUUCCAGCAGGCCUAAAAUUUAUUUCAGAGUCUGAGGCAACAUUAGAAGAUCCUUCCAAAUAUAGAAGGCUUGUGGGAAGGCUUUUAUACCUUGGAUUUACCAGACCGGACAUCAGCUAUGCUACUCAGCAACUUAACCAGUAUAUCCAACAACCCUAUUGGGCAGCUUGCCAAGUAACAAGAAGUUCACUAAUGGGAUAUUGCAUAAUGAUGGGAAGCAGCCCAGUUUCUUGGAAAACCAAGAAACAAAGUACAAUGUUUAGAUCAUCUGCGGAGGCAGAAUACAGGAGCAUGGCUACCACAUCUUAUAAGUUAGGCCUGACCACCUUCGAUACAAGUCCAACUUGCAGGGAGGCUGUAAAUCUUGAUUCUAGCCACUUGGAUCUGUCCAUUGAAGGAAAAGAGUUGCAGAAAUAUGAGGCUGAAGAAGACAGUGAACAGCCGCC